UGUAAUGGUAAAAUCAUUUUGCCAUGAUAGAAGACAUGUUUUCGGAAGAAGACAUCUGGGAAUACAAAUCUAAAAGAAAACCAAAACUAGGACAUCCAAAUAAUUGCUCUGAAAAUAUUCCAAAAUCGGUUGAAAAAGCAACAGAUGGGAAAUACCAGUCAAGAGGAAAAGGAAACAAAAAGAGAAACAAAGAAGCUAAAGGAAGGGUGGACUGUGAAAUGUGCCUUGGAGAAACAAGUUCCCAGACUUCUGUAUCUUCUAGUCAGAAUUCAAGUUGUGGAGAUGGUGUUCAACAGUCCCAAGACCAGGAGACUACUCCAGGAAGGCACCGAAGAACUCAAAAGCUCAAGCAAGUGUCCCCAAAGACACGUCCAGUUCAUGAUGGGUACUGCCCGUACUGCCAGAUGCCUUUUUCCUCAUUGCUAGGCCAAACACCUCGAUGGCAUGUUUUUGAAUGUUUGGAUUCUCCACCAUUGUCUGAAAUAGAGUGUCCUGAAGGCCUUCUGUGUACCUCAACAAUUCCUUCUCAUUAUAAGAGAUACACUCACUUCCUGCUUGCUCAAAGUAGGGCUAGUACUGAUCCAUUUAGCAGCCCAUCACAUGUGGCAGGUGGGAGUUUCAGUGAGACCCAGCCAGGCUUUUCUUGUAGCCUAGAGGAAAGAUGGUCUCUGCAUCAGAAACAAACUGAGAACUUAAAAAACAUUUCAGAUGAUCCCUUGUUGAUGACACAGUGUCUAAAAAAGUCUCAGCCUCCAACUGAAACCAAUAAAAAGAUUUCUUCUACAAAUAGUCAGACCUCGCAGCAAGCUUUACAUUUUACAGCAUUUGUUAAGAAUGACAAACUGGUAAGAGCCGGUUUGCCUUUUGCUGGGGCAGAAUUAGACAGCCACAACAACUCGCAACGCACACAUUUGCCAUUGCCAGAAAAUGACUUUGGCAGCUGUGAAAUCUCCUAUUCUCCACUUCAGAGUGACGAAGAAACUUAUGAUAUAGAUGAAAAGCUGGAUGAUUCACAACAGGAACUAUUUUUUUCUGAGAGUUCUAAAGAUGGCAGCCUAGAAGAAGAUGAUAGUUCUACCAGUUUUAAAAACCUCCCUGGUCCCUUCCUGAAGGACCUGGAGGAGAGCUGCCCCAAAGUGAAUAGCUUCUUAACCCAGCAGAAGAACACUAAAGAAUUGUAUAAGUGCAGUGCUCUAAAUUCUUCUCAACUUAGCUCCCAAACAGAGUGUAGUAUUUUAUAUGAUGAUCCAGAAUAUGCUGAUGGGCGAUUUUUAUUGUCUUCACCUGCAUUAAGAGGGGAGCCUGCUGCUUCUAAUUGUCAGACCACUAAAGCAAAGCCUGGUGAGCCAGACUUUCACGCAUCUCAACCAAAUAAACAGAAACAGGUGAUUGAAAACCCAACUGUACCACUACUUCAGAGUAAGAUGUCAGAACCUUUUGGAAGCCAGGGAGGAGAGUGUUUUCCUUUGACCCAAAGUAAAAUUAGACAACUAUCAAGUGAGAACUUCUGUACUAGAAAUGAUGCUAACUCUCCACAUUUCUGCAGAAAGGUAUUGGAUGGUAUGCUAGAUGGUGGCGUUACAGUUUUGAAUACAGGAAAAAAAUCAAGUACACCUACUACUGCUAAGUCUCCUUUGAAGAUAUUGCCCUCUGAUCCUAAGUGCAAUGAAAGACAUCCUUCUACCAAGGUAAUGAAGCAGAUGGAUAUAGGUGUGUAUUUUGGACUACCACCGAAAAGAAAAGAGGAAUCACUGAGGGAAAGUGCAAUAGAUGGGAUGAACUUAAAUCCCAUUGUAAGUCCUAAUGGAAAGAGGUCCCGGCAGUGCAAGAGGAAAGCAGAAAAAUCUUUAAGUGAUUUAGAAUUUGAUGCAAAGGACUUAAAUGAGAGUCAACUUUCUGUGGACCUGCCUGCUGAGAGGUCACAGCGGCAAAGAAAAAGACAUAAAAAGUCAAAUUCACCACAGGAAAGAGCACGCGGAAAGAGGUCAGGCUACCUUAUUAACAAUACAGAAUUGGGAACAACCAAUUCUAGUGAAGACAAUACCUUCAAAAAAUCGGCUCAUGGAAGGCUGCAAAGAGGUUACAUGAGAUUUUCAGACUCAGCUAAUGCAGGGGAAUUAAGAAAAAAGACAUGUCCCUUCUAUAAGAAAAUACCUGGAACCAGCUUCACAGUUGACGCCUUUCAGUACGGUGUGGUGGAAGGCUGCACGGCCUAUUUUCUCACCCAUUUCCAUUCUGAUCAUUAUGCUGGAUUGUCUAAAAACUUCACAUUUCCAGUCUAUUGUAGUGAGAUAACUGGAAACUUGUUGAAGAGCAAGCUUCAUGUUCAAGAACAGUAUGUCCAUCCAUUGCCGAUGGACACUGAGUGUUUGGUGGAUGGUGUCAGGGUUGUUCUACUUGAUGCCAAUCACUGCCCAGGUGCCACCAUGAUCCUUUUCUACCUUCCUAAUGGUGCUGCUGUAUUGCACACUGGAGACUUCAGAGCGGAUCCCAGCAUGGAGCGGUCUCUUCUUGCAGGCCAGAAAAUCCACACGCUGUACCUAGACACCACCUAUUGCAGCCCAGAGUACACCUUUCCGUCUCAGCAAGAAGUUAUCCAGUUUGCCAUCAACACCGCCUUUGAGGCUGUAACUCUAAACCCCCGUACUCUGGUUGUCUGUGGCACUUACAGUAUCGGAAAAGAGAAAGUCUUCCUAGCUGUUGCUGAUGUUUUAGGUUCAAAGGUGGGCAUGUCCCGAGAAAAGUUUCAAACAUUGCAGUGCCUCAAUAUGCCUGACAUUAAUCCCCUCAUCACCACAGACAUGUGGAGUUCAUUGGUCCACCUUCUCCCAAUGAUGCAAAUUAAUUUUAAGGGUUUGCAGAAUCAUCUGAAGAAGUAUGAUGGGAAAUAUGAUCGGAUUUUGGCUUUUCGACCCACAGGAUGGACGCACUCUAGCAAGUUCUCCAGCAUAGCAGAUAUUACUCCUCAGACCAAGGGAAACAUUUCAAUAUAUGGAAUUCCUUACAGUGAACACAGCAGCUACCUAGAGAUGAAGCGUUUUGUCCAGUGGCUGAAACCGCAGAAAAUUAUACCUACCGUAAAUAUUGGCACCUUGAAAUCUCGGCACACAAUGGAGAAAUAUUUUAAAGAGUGGAAAUUGGAAGCUGGAUAUUGAUGAUACUGCCACAGAGGAUUCAGCAGUAGUUAAGUUCCUUGGGUGUAGUUAGUAGUCAAAUGGUAUGAAAUAAAUUUUAUGUGAACUGCCCCAUGAAAAUCACAUAAUUUAUUUUCUCAUUUGUAUUUGAAUAAGGUAUUCAUGGUGCUGAAUGCCUCUCAGAAUCAUCAAAAGUAGCUGGGUACAGUGAUACAUUCCUGUAAUCCCAGUGACUUGGGAGGAUCAGGAGUUUGAGGCCAGCCUCAGCAACUUAGC